AAUCCCUCUUUUAGUCUUGUGGGACGUGGAGAGCGUUUUACAAGACGAAAAGGGAAGAAUCUGAUCAUCAUCUUCGAGUUCAAUUGGUCAUCAACGGUUUUGCAUUAGGAUUUAGCAUCUUGUCAGUACAUUGCUUGAGGUUGUCCAAGUCAGUGCAGACUUGGUUUACCAGACAAACAAUGGAAACCAAGCAUGAAGGUGGAGUUAACAAGCAUGUAGAGCUGAAUACACAGCUCAAGCAGAAUUCUGGUGAACAAACUACAGAAGCUACCUUUUCAGAUGUAAAGAAGGUUCAUCCUGUGGCUCAGCAUGAUGACACAAAAACAGCUACAGAAGACAGCAUUUCAGGCUUAAAGCAACAUCCUGAGCCAAAGCAUGAUGAUUGUGGAAAAAACAUAGAGGGCAUUAGUUCACGUCUGUCUAAUUCUUCAUCUUCUUCAUCAGCUUCUGAUGAUUCAUUCAAUAAAAGUGAGAAAGAUGGACCUCAAUCACCCAGAUCAGGAUGCAUAUCAUCACCAGAUGUUUCUACUCAGACCCCUCAAUGGAGCAUGGUAAGUGCAUCUCCACGUGGUAGAAGCGGGAACUUAUCUUCAACAGAUGUCUUACCCCAAACCCCUGAGUGGGCAAUGUUUAACUCAUCACAAAUGAAAUCCCCUCCAAUUCAAGCAAUGGGGCGAGGUUAUGACCCGAAUCGGAUUCCCUCUUCUAUUUUCUCUGCUAAACCAGCAACACCCAUGGACUGGAGCGUUGCUUCAAACGAGUCAUUGUUCAGCAUUCAUAUGGGGAAUAACAGCUUCUCUAAAGAUAGCAUCUUUUUGCAAGGUCUAGACUUUACCAAGCCUGAGGAAGGGGCCAGUUCUCCUUUGACACAGACUAGUACUUCUGAAGCCAAGUCCAAAGAGUUGAAUAGUUUCACCUCUAACCUUCCACCUGUUGCCGAAGUAGCAGAGAAACGUAGUAAGAACGUAUAUGUCAGGGAGGGAUUAGAGGAUGACUUGCACGAAACGCCAAUAAUUGUACCAGUGAAAAAGCUAGCUCCUGAUGCUGAGGGAGUUCGUUUGUCCACUUCCUCCAAUUUAUCUGAUGGCCGAGGAGUGCCUCAUGCUGAGGCGACUAGUACUCCUGUUAGGGGCCCUCGUGUUUCCAAUGAGAGUGCAAAAAGCAGCGACUCUUUUGCUUUCCCAGUAUUGCUAAGUGAUGGUGGGAAAGGUGGUUCCUUGAAAGUGAAUCCUGAAAAACCUGAGGCAACAAAGCCACUACCUCAAGAUCCUGAGCAAGCCCCUGAAGGAGCUUCAGCCAGUUGGUUUUCUUGCGUCACCUGUUGGCCGCCACGAUGCUGUUGAGAUCCGAGUUCCAGUAAUUCAUUCUUUUUACCAGGUUUGCGAGUUACUACCAGAAUGAUAGAGGCCUGCUAAAUAUGAUGAUGUCCCUUUCUUCUGAGAAGCGCUGAUUGCUUUUAUUUUGCUUAGAAAUCUUGAUGAUUAGGCUGUUACAUAGAUAGUAUUUUGUAGCAAUUUUCAGAUUCCAUAACUUUCAGAUAUUUUGUAACAAUUCACCCUUUUGGCAUGUCUGCUUUGUAUAUACUAGUGGUUAAUCGAAGUUGCUACAUAAGAAGCAUAGGCAACGGA